AUGGCGGAGUCCGGUCUCCUCGACGACGUCGACGUCGAAGCGCCGCUGCUUUGGGACCUGGAUGACAACGUCGGCACCGAUGCUGCUGCGGGGCGGAAAUGUAAACUCCGGGUGGAUCUGAUUCCCUUGCUACGGAUCCUGCGUCCUCGAUUGCUCUCCUCAACUCUGAUGCAAAUGCCAAGCAUUUUGGCAGCCAUCCCCAAGCAUUCUCAGGCACGAGAAACACAAGAGAGGCCUCCAGACUAUUCCAAGCUCGAGUCCUGGAGUGCCCAUCCUCAGCGUUUGCCCGGUCGAGCAGUGGAAGAUGUGAACCAUUUGAAGCUCCCGGAUGAGACGAUUGUGCCGCCAAAGCUGCGGCCCUGCGAUUGUUUCUUCGUGCACGAUUCCACCCUGAUUCCAGCGAUCUCUUCGCCCUUCGGAACGCCGCCACGAUGGAACGCGCCACUUCGAGAGCCUGCAGAGUUGGUGUCAAAGAUCAAUGAACAAGUGAAUGUGAUGUGCAUCGCCUUAAUGAUGCCUCCAUCUCCAUUUGCGCGAUGGAAGCAGCUCGAACAGGCCCUGGUGGGGAUGAGGAAGGUCACGGAAAGCAUCGUGAAUGGGAUGCCGUUGAUGGUUUAA